UUGACUUGUCUAUUGCGGUCUUUGGGCCUUUGGCCUUUAUUUGCCUCGUCUCUCCUCCUUUGUCGUCCAAUCCCCUCGCACUCUCCGACUCUGUUUAGCUCUCGCAUCUGCUCGCGGCUUCCAUGGAGUUCUCCGGCGCUGGUCUCCGCCUGCUUGUGGCUGCGCUGGCCCUGCUCUUCGUCACCUCCUCCGCCCAGGCAACCUGCCCCGCCCCCCUCGCACCUCCCACCCCCGCCCCUACCCCCACACCCGCUCCCGCUCCCGCUCCAGCCACCGCUCCCCCCACCCCGGCGCCUACGCCCGCCCCCACCGUCGCGCCUCCCACCCCGGCUCCGGCGCCGGUCGCCCCCACCCCAGCGCCGUCCCCGAAGGCCGCCUCCCCGGCACCGGAAGCUGCUUCCCCCACCCCCGAGGCACCCGUCUCCUCCCCUCCCGCUCCCCCUCCCUCCGGUGAGUCGCCGACCGAGGCGCCCAGCCCGCCAACCCCCAAUACCGCUGCCGGGAUCCGCUCAGCAGGAUGGAUCUCUGCCGCUGUGGCCGUCGCGGCCGUGGUGUACGCGUUCUAGGCCCUGUAAACAAUGUCCGCCGCGGAUUCCUCGUCGGGUGACGCACGAGGAGUCGGCACAAGUUCGCGACUCUCUCUUUCCCAAUUUAACUUCUUGGUGUUAUAUUGUGGCGUUUCUUGUUUUCUUUUCCUUUCUUUCUCCUCUCAUUCCGUGUGCUUUUUCUGGAUAUUCUUCUUCUUCUUCUCCUCCUGUAAACUGAUCUAAGAAUGGCUUCUCGUUACUGUGUGUGUGAUAAUUAAUAUAUCAUUGUGGUGAA